GGAGCCAGUGCUGUGGCGAUGGAGCCUGGGGUCGAGCUCAGGAGGGAGCGCUGCGGCGCUAGGACCCUGCAGGCGCUGCCCUCCUCACACAGACCAGAGAGUGAUUAAAAAAAAAGUCUUGACUCACUGAGAAGGAGCAGCAGCAAGAGAGAGAAAAAGCAACAGGUCGGAUCUCAUCCUGCUGCAGACAGCCGAGUAGGAAAGGCUGCAGCUCUAACCCUCUGGGGGACUGUCAGGAGUUGGGGUUUGGGUGUUGUUGCUGGAGAGUGUGAGAACAUGCUGAAAGUUGAAGCCUUUCUGUGUUCCUUCAUCCUCCUGGAGCUCUUUUACCAAAGCCGUGGAGUCGUCAUCACAUCUUCAAAUAAAGAAGUUGAAACACGUGAACAUAAGUCGGCUCAUCUUCCCUGUGUCUUCAACUUGCAAUCAACUCAGACCCCUCGGGUGGAAUGGAAGAAAAUCAAAGGAAAACAAGUCACCUUCAUGUACUUUGAUCGUGCUCUGACUGGUGAAUACAAGGACCGGGCGAAAAUGAAGGGGUACAGCAUCGAGCUGCUCCGGGUCACCCGUGAUGACAUGGCCACGUAUCGCUGUGAAGUGACCGCCAAGGAUGACACGAUUGUCUUUGCUGAGAAGGAGUUCAAACUCUCUGUCCUGGUGCCACCAGUUGUUCCCAAGUGUAAGGUUCCGAGCUCUGCACUCUCGGGGUCGAAGGUCGUGUUGACUUGCAAGGAGUCAGAAGGAUCACCACCGUCCAAUUACACCUGGUACAAAGACAACACCAUACUCAUGAAUCGUCCAGUUAAGGAUUCAACUUCCAACAAAUCUUACACGGUGGAUGGAAGGACUGGAAUUCUGACAUUUAACCCUGUCCAAAAGAGUAACAGUGGAUCAUACCACUGCAGGGCACAGAAUAAAGUCGCUUCAACGAUAUGUUCAGCUCAGUUCAUGCAAGUCAAUGAUCUAGAUAUCGGUGCAAUUGUUAUCACCGUGGUAAUCAUCGCCUUGGUUUUAUCGCUGUGUGGGCUCGGAAUGUACUACACCCACAAAAAGGGUUACUUAGGGAGAUCAGGAUCCUCUAAGGAAAAAGCCACCAAACAAACAGCUGCUUCUCCAGUGAAUGAAGAAUUCAAACAUACCAAGUCUUUUGUUAUCUGAAGCAAAGGGAAGAUCUAUGAAGAAUUUGAAACCGCUAUUCUUAUCCAUAAAGCAUUUUGUCUUGUCUUUAGGACAGUGGUAUAGAUCCUGAUAAAAACCAAAAGAACUGCCAAUGCUGGAAAUCAGAGACAAAAACAGAAAUUGCUGGAAAAACUCAGCAGAUCUGGCAGCAUUUGUGGAGAAAAAGGAGUUAAUGUUUCAGAUCCAGUAACGUUUCUUCAGAACUGUUCUGAGGAAGGGUCACUGGACCUGAAACAUCAACUCUGAUUUCUCUAUACAGAUGCUGUCAAACCUAUUGAAUUUUUCCAGCAAUGUCUGUUUUUGUUUCUGGUAUAGAUCUUGAUUUUGUCCCUCCAAUUGCCGUCUCUUACACAUUCCCAAAUUCCUUCACUCCAGUCAGCAGCAAGGCUUUUAACUGUAUGGACCCUAAGCUCUGGAAUUUCUGUUCUUCUCCAUGUCUUUUUACCCCCUUUGAAGAGGCUCCUUCAAGGUUAACACUCUGUGCAACCUACCAUAAUAUUGCCUUAUAUGGUGUCAACUGUCAACUGAUGAUGUUUACAUGAAGCACAUUGGAAUGUUUUAUGUUUAAGCCACUCCGUAAAUGCAAGGUGUUGAUAGCAAGUUGAAAACCUGUUUUAUAUCUCUACAAUUGUCUUUAGUGAAAGUAAGAAUGGAGAGAGAAAAUGGGCCCCAGUCUCUUAUCACCACCGUCCUGCAAAAAAUCAAGAUUUACCCCAGUGAAUUAUUGUCAAAAAAGUGACUCCUCUGACUGCUGACAUUGUCCCAAGUCUGAGGAUUGAAGGUAGUAUUUUCUUAUGAGCAUGCGUUGUAAACCAAUACCUUCCUCUUUUUCAAAACAUGAAGCCCAUAAACCUCAUACUCCAUUUAACAGAGACUUGGUGCAUCGGAGAAAAGGGAUUUCUUUUUCUACAAAUACACUGCUUAUUAAUUUUAUAAGGAAGAGAGGAAAGCACCUCAAAGGCUGGAAAUGUAGAGAGAGUUGAGCAAUUUUGACUUAAUAGUUAUCAAACAUAAUCUGAAUGUGAAAUUCACUGUAAUGUAGUUUCAGGAAAGUUUUGACAGUGAAUAAGCAAGGACAUGGCAUAUGGAAUAUAUUAUGGAGAAAUAUGCUUUAUGACAUCCUGAGGUCAAGCAUGAUGCUGGUUAAAUGCAACUUUUACAUUUUUUUUUAGCCACACUGCACCCACUCUUAUUACUUACUGCUAUAAAGCAGUAAUUCAUAGAAUCUCCACAGGGAGCAGAAAGAAGCCAUUCAGCCCAACAAAUCUGCACUGACCCUCUGAAGAGCAUCCAAAACACACCCUGCCCACUACCCUGAUUUACCACGGCUUAACCACCCCAGCCUGUACACCAUUGACAGUUUAGCAUGGUCAAUGCACCAACCUGCACAUCUGUAGACUGUGGAAGGAAACCAGAGCAAUAGAAACCCAUGCAGACACAGGGAGAACAUGCAAACUGAACAUAGUCGCCUAAAGCUAGAAUUGAACCCAGGUUUCAUGAGGCUGCAGUGCUAGCCACCGUGCUGCUACCAUUCCAUCAACCUCCCUAACAGUUUGCUGUAUUUGCAUGUUAGCCUUUAGUGACUCAUCAACGGGCGCACACUUAGGCCCCUUUGUACCUCUACACUUUCCAAUCUCUCACCAUUUAAGAGAUACUCUGUACAUCUGUUCCUCCUACCAAAGUGGAUUAUCUCAUGUUUUUUGCAUUAUAUUCCAUCUGCCCACUCACUAAGCCUGUCCACGUGUUCCUGAAGCUGUUUUGUGCCUUCCUUGACAACACACGCAUUCUCACUUAGCGUUGUGUCAUCUGCAUUUUUUAAUUUAAACUUAAAAGCCAGUGCCCCCAUUAAUUUGCCUAUUUCUCACAUUACUGGCAUCCUAAUAUUCUGAUUUCAGUUUUGUUCACCACUAAGGAAUAGACUAGUGUUUACUUAGGAUCUUUUACAACCUCAGAACAUCACAAAGCACACAAAAAAACAGUGACAUACUUUUAGCUGUUCUUGUGAUGUAGAAAAUGUGGCAGCCAGUUUAUAUGCAGUAAAUCCUCACCAUGUGAUGAGAAGAGGAUAAUCUGAUUUAGUAUACUAAAUAAAGGAUAAAUACUGGCCAGGGCACUGAGAAGAGCUGUUCUUCAAAAUAGCACAAUGGAAAUCUUUUGCAUCUACCAGAGAGCAGAUGAGGCUUCAGGCAAUUGUCUAUUUGAAAGUCAAUACCUCUGACAGUGUAACUCUCUCUCAGUACUGCACUGAAACAUUUAGAUUAGAUUAUAUACAUGUACAUGGAGUGAGGCUUUAACCUACAAUCUUCUGACUUAUAGACAAGUAUUCAACCCCGUAAGCCACUACAUCAUUCAGCUAAGAUGCUCCAAAUUUCCCAGCUGUACACUCAAAGGCCUGUGGAGAUCAAUUUUUUUCAGACCCUUAUAUUUUCAAUCAAAGUGCUUUAAGACAUAAAUGUCUACAAUUUUCUUCUCCAUAUUUGUUGAUUUACUAGAUGGAUGAAUAAAGAUAUAAAUUACGAUCAGGA